AUGAAUGUCGACAGCUUCAAGCUUAAUCGUUGCAUCUUCUCAUCAAACCUUGUUAACGCUGACCAACCGGACAUUCAUGUUCCAUACAAAGCCCGAAAACAAUUUGGCGAAAACAUCGAUCUCGGUUUCUCUAAUAAGGUUACGCCAACAAGGUUUUUGGGCAGAGGUGGUGGUGCCAUAGCCUUCUUCUCCAAUGACAAGAAAGGCCACCUUAUCAACGGAGCCCCAACAAAUGAACAAAGAACCUUUGAAUCCCACCACUGCUGUUUCUAUAAGGACUCAUCAGCUAUCACAGGCCAGACAUUUGGAUCGGGCGCAGCACAUGAGAUGUUAUUAGACGGAUACAUCAAUUAUUUGUCUUAUGACGAUUACAUUGGUAACUUUAACCCAAGUGAGUUACCUUCUCAAUAUGUAUCACAGACAUCCCGUAACUGGCCUGAAACAGCAACAACGAUGAAGUUCCUUGCAAACAGAUUUGAAUCAGACCCAACAAAGCUUGAUCUUUGCGUCGGAUUCACAGAUAACACUAACACAUACACAGAGUCCAUUAACUACACCUUCGCUUCAGCCUCCAAUGAUCUUACUGAGUCAUCAACAAGCAGCAUUCCAACUCCAUCAGCUUACAGUUAUGUUGCUACACCAAUUACAGUCCUUCCAAGACCAACAGAUGCAAGAAUUACAUAUACAACUGCUAAGGCCAAAGUAGAAUCACCAUCCAGCUACUUCAAGCCAUCUUUCAUUUCCUUUGUUAUUCCACCGCCAACACCAGUACAAACAGUUGCAUCCACACCACACAGUACUCCUUAUUUCACUGUAUUCAGUACUGCACACAGCACUCCUCACAGUACUCCAUUCAACACUGUCUUUUCCACUGCAUCUAAAACUGCUUUUGAAACACCAUUCAGCACAGCACAUUCUACAGCUCAUUCGACACCACAUUCUACACCACACUCCACAGCACAUAAGACACCGUUUAGUACUGCUCAUUCUACACCACAUUCCACUCCAUUCAGUACUGCACAUUCUACACCUCAUUCUACAGCUCAUUCCACUCCUCAUUCUACUCCAUAUUCAACAGCACAUGAUACUCCAUUUAGUACUGCACAUUCUACUCCACACAUUACUCCAUUCAGUACAGUACAUUCGACACCAUUUAUUACUGCAUUCGAAACACCUGUUGAAACUGUUCAUUCUACUGCACAUGAUACUCCUGUUGAAACUGUCUUUUCAACACCGUUUGUUACAUUUGAUGAAACACCAUAUAGAACACCAGACACUACACCAGCUGAAACAGCUGAUAAUAAGAAGGCUGAAGGAGGAAACACAGAUAAAAACGAUAGUCCUAAGAAACGUAACUGGUUACCAAUCAUUUUAGGUAUUGUCGGUGCUCUUCUUUUGAUCGGAUCAAUUAUCUUCUUCGUUCUCUGGAAGAGAAAGAAAGAUGACAGCAGCCAAGAAAUUUCAGAUAGUUCUAUGCCAAAUGUAGAAGAAGCAGAAAAGAUGGAAACUUAUAUCAGCUCUGCUGUCACAAUCACAAAUGACAACCCACUUUGGAUCAGUGGUUCUACAAUGGAGGAUCCAUUCCAAGGAGAUUUCGAAGAGAGAGAAUGUCCAGAAUCAUUCCUUGAACCUUCACAUCUAUUGGCUGUCGAACCAUCAAAGUUCCCAGUAGAAUUCUAA